AUGGCCAACGAGCUUCAGAGAGCCCAGUUGCUCUCACGGAGGGAUACGAUGAUUGCUGCCCUGGGUCGGGCAGAGGCAUUCCUCGUUGGAUAUGACGAACAACGGGACCAGUCGCAAGUACAGCUGCGUUUAGAGUACCUCGAUUCGAUGUGGGCGUCGCUAGAGCAGGUACAGGGUCAACUCGAGGACAUCGAAACAACAGAAGAAGGUAGGGCACAGAAUGCCGAAAAGCGAGCGUAUUUUGAACCACGAUUGUUUCAAAUAAAAGGAAGCUUGAUUUCCAAACUACCUACCUCUCCUCCCAUCAAUUCACAAGUACCUCCACCCUCUCUCUCUACCAACUCUCUCUCUGGAAUAAAGCUACCAACGAUUUCGCUACCCGAAUUCGAUGGUGACUAUGCUCAAUGGUUACCAUUUCACGACACAUUCGUCGCUCUCAUUCAUAAUAAUCCCGACCUUCCUAAAGUACAAAAAUUCCACUACUUACGAGCAGCUUUGAAAGGCGAAGCUGCUCAGUUAGUUGAGUCGAUUGCCAUUUCGUCGGCCAACUACAGUUUAGCGUGGGACACGCUGACAGGUCGGUAUGCUAACGAGUAUCUGCUUAAGAAGAGACAUCUACAGGCGUUGUUCGACGUACCACAUGUGAGGAAAGAAACAGCCGCUACGCUCCACAGCCUGGUCGACGAUUUCGAACGACAUACCAAAAUCUUACACCAACUGGGGGAGCCAACUGACAGCUGGAGCACGAUUCUGGAGCACCUGUUGUGCACGCGACUGCACGAUGAUUCUCUCAAGGCGUGGGAGGAUUACGCGUCAACCGUCGAGGACCCGAACUACAGCUGCCUCAUCGACUUCCUUCAGCGAAGAAUCCGAGUGUUGGAAUCAAUUUCGGUAAACCACCACCCGACGAGUUCUAUCACCAACACGCAGCAACAAAACCAUAAACGAUUCAACAACCAUCAGCGGGUCUCAUCCUACCCAUUCACUGCAAGUUCUAAUGGGAAAUGA